AUGGAAAAAACAAAAACAAAGCAAGGAGAGAACGAACAUAUGACGAUGAAUAACCCUUCAACACAGAUUUACCAGUUGCAGGCCCUGGCCUCUGAACUCAAAACUGGUUUCACAGAAGCAAUGCAAGAACUGUCCAGAAUUCAACAUGGAGAAUAUGCUUUGGAAGAGAAGGUUAAGAGCUGCAAAUGUUCCAUGGAAGAAAAAGUUACUGAGAUGAAGAAUUCAUUAAACUAUUUCAAGGAAGAGCUAAGCAAUGCCAUGUCAAUGAUACAGGCCAUCACUUCCAAACAAGAAGAAAUGCAACAGAAAAUUGAACAGCUUCAACAGGAGAAGCGAAGAGAAUCUCGGAAAGUAAAAGCCAAGAAAACUCAAAAAGAAGAACACGGCUCACAGGCUGGGCCUGCUCAAGCACAAGGAAGUCCCUUCCGUUCAAUCAAUGUUCCUGAGCCUGUUCUUCCAAAUGAAGACUUCACAAACAUUUUGCCUUCUCAAGCCUAUGAAAAAGCCCAAGAGUCCAGAUCCAUGCAUAUAGGAGACAGUAAUGUGAAGGGAAUGAUGGGGCCCGGGAUGAACCCAACAACUCCAGAAUCAGAAGAAAACCUCAAGCCUUGCCUCCCGGCUGAUAUCCAGUCUAAGGGCCAUCUGCCAUCUGGGGUGUGGAGGCAACCUAAGGAUGGUAAAGAGUGGGGUGAGGAAUAUGUCACAAAGGACCACCCAGAUAAACUGAAGGAAGUUGGCCAGGGCAGACAUAGCACCUUGGAAAAUGUUUUAUGUGAAACCUCUUUAGCUGCUAAAAGACAGACUGUGGCUCUGGAACUACUUGAAUCAGAAAGAAAGUAUGUCAUUAACAUCUCUCUCAUCCUGAAGAUUAAGGCAACAUUCCAGGGGUCAGAUGGAAAGAGGAAUUCCAAAGAGAGAAGCCUCUUUCCUGGCUCUUUACGGUACCUUGUCCAGCAGCACUUGGAUUUGCUUCAUGCUCUGCAGGAAAGGGUCCUGAAGUGGCCACGCCAAGGAGUCCUUGGAGAUUUAUUCCUUAAAUUAACAAAUGAUGAGAAUAAUUUCUUGGAUUAUUAUGUUGCCUACCUGAGGGACCUGCCUGAAUGCAUCUCUUUGGUUCAUGUUGUUGUUCUGAAGGAGGGUGAUGAAGAGAUUAAAUCUGACAUCUAUACACUGUUCUUUCACAUAGUCCAGCGCAUCCCUGAAUAUCUGAUACAUCUGCAGAAUGUCCUGAAGUUCACAGAGCAGGAACACCCCGACUAUUAUCUACUUCUGGUGUGUGUUCAGCGUCUUCGAGUAUUUAUCUCACACUACACCCUGCUGUUUCAAUGCAAUGAGGAUUUGCUUAUUCAGAAACGGAAAAAGCUCAAGAAGUCCUCCAUGGCAAAACUGUACAAAGGGCUGGCUUCCCAGUGUGCAAAUGCCGGACAAGAUGCUUCCCCCACUGCAGGCUCUGAAGCUGUCCGUGACAGUGGGAUCCAUUCCGAAGAGAUGUUGCAACCCUACCCUUCUGCUCCAAGUUCUGGCCCUCCUGUCACACAUUUGCUGCCCCCAAUGAAGAAAAGCCAACAACAGCAAGGCUUGAUGGAGAGUAUGCAGCCGGGGAAGCCCAGUGACUGGGAGAUGGAGAGCAGGAAGCACGAGAGGCCGGAGAACCUCCUGGCGCCCUCGCAGUUUUGUACCGCCGAGCAGGACGUGAAGGCGCUCGCCGGGCCCUUGCAGGCCAUCCCGGAGAUGGACUAUGAGCCCUCGCCGGCCGAGCCCUCGCUGGGCAACGUGGAGCGCUCCCUGCGCGCCCCGGCCGAGCUCCUGCCCGACGGCCGCGGCUUCGUGCCCACGGCCUACGAGGAGUUUGAAUAUGGCGGCGAGAUCUUCGCGCUGCCUGCGCCCUACGACGAGGAGCCUUUCCAGGCCCCGGCCCUCUUCGAGAACUGCUCGCCCGCCUCCUCCGAGUCCAGCUUGGACAUAUGCUUCCUCCGGCCUGUCAGCUUCGCUAUGGAGGCCGAGAGGCCGGAACACCCGCUACAACAGCUGCCCAAGAGCGCCACGUCGCCCGCGAGCAGCAGCGGUGCCUACAAGCUGGAGGCGGCUGCGCAGGCGCACGGCAAGGCCAAGCCGCUGAGCCGCUCGCUCAAGGAGUUCCCGCGCGCGCCGCCCGCCGAGGGCGUGGCCCCGCGCCUCUACAGCACGCGCAGCAGCAGCGGCGGCCGCGCGCCGCUCAAGGCCGAGCGCGCCGCGCAGCCGCACGGCCCGACCGCCGUGGCCGCCGCUCGCGGCGUGCCCAGGGCCUACUUUCCCCAACAGAGGUCCCAAAGCGAAAAGCAGACCUAUUUGGAAGUAAGGAGGGAGAUGCAUUUAGAAGACACCACCCGAUUCUGUCCAAAGGAAGAAAGAGAAAGUGAACAAACAUCUUUCAGCGAUCAAAACCCCAGGCAAGACCAGAAAGGGGGCUUUCGCAGCUCCUUCCGCAAGCUCUUUAAAAAGAAGUCCAGUGGAUCAGAAUACAGGGAAAAAACUAAUGAGAAUCCCUCAAUGGAUCCUUCACCCACCAAACAAGAUUUCUUCAGAAACCGACUUGCUCUUGCAAAUGACCUUGACCAAGGAACAGCUGUGUAAAACAUACUUAAAGUUGUAUUGUCAAGUGGUAAGACGAGGAUAAAAAACUUGUAUAUAUUUGUGUAGGAAUAUAUAUAUUGAUGUAUAAAUCCCCAAGGAAAGCUAAAAUAAGUACUUACAUAUGAAACUAAAUCAACAUACAAACAAGACAUUGAAGAGAUGAAGAUUAGUAUGUGAUUGAGAGCUGGCUUUUGAACCACAACACUUGGGAAAAGGGAAAUGAAGAGUUUUUUACAGCAUUACAGAAAAACACAGUAAAUUUGGAGGAAAAUAAAUGUUGGUAAGAUCAAAAACUUCCACCUUGAAGUCAUUGCCCCAGUAUAACAUUAGCUUAUUCAUAUUUAACAUGGAUAUGAAUUUUAUGCUUCCUAGGCAUUUAGCUUAUAAUUCAUUCCAGCGUUCUUAGACUAAUAUACACUGUGUUAGGGGCCAGUUUUGUCUUGCACUAGUCUUUCAAAAACUCCAAGGCAAUACCUAACAUUCCUAAGGCAAAGGAUCAGUUAACAGACUUGUACUUUACAUGUUGUGUCUCUGAGUUGUGGAGAUUUUAUACCAUGAUACAAAAGGUUCAAAUCUUAAAGACACAUUGAUCUCCAAAUAGGAAGAGAAACUUAAGAGUAGUAUUUCUCUUGUUCUAUGGUUAUGAAAAUCAGUACAAGGAACGAUGAUUUCUUUAGAAAGUGGGAGGCCAAAGAAACACUUUUUCUUAUGUGGGUUUUGCUACAGCUGUGGACAGUUGGGUCUCUAUUUUACUGAGUCCCCAGUCAGCAUCAGAGAUGCCCUAGUGAUCCUGAGUGUUACAUACACUCACAACCAGCUGGAUGGGGGCGGGGGUGCACUGGUUCAGCCACAUCCUCUAAGAAGGCUUUCUUCAGUCUGAAAAGAAGGUGCAACAACACCAAUGUGUUGAUGGCCACAUGCAGUCGUCGCUACAAGCACCAGGUCAAAACGAAAGCUUAGGUUGGCAGUACCUUAUUCUGUUUUCCAGAACUAAGUUGUAAAGAAACAGAGUCCUUACAUCUCAGACAAGAAUCAUCUCAAUGAGGCUUGCCUGGGCAUGGGGCAAUAAAAUGUACUCUAUUUCCACAUGUAUGUCUAAAAUGGUCUACAUCCUUGACCUGCUCUAAGUGUCAGAAUUAUCACAGAAAAAAAUGAGGUUUGAACCAUUGUCUCCAUUCCUAGGCAGUUAUCUGUAAUAAAUCAGGGGCAUUUGGUUACUGUAUAUUCAAAAUCUUGGCACCUAAACUUAUUUCUUCAGAGAAUGGCCCUCUAGUAAUGCACCGUUUGGUCUAAUAGAAGAGGCUUCACUUUUAAUUGUUACGAGUUUUCUUCUGCUUGUCUGAUGACGAAGAAACUCAUUUAUUAGCAUUUUGAACAGCAGGUGGACUGGAACACUAAGAGAUGGCUGCCAAGUUUGGGGGGUUUUCAAUGUUUAGGUCAAGCUUUCCAUUUUCCUGAAAUUAAUGAACUCCUUUGAAAUUAGAUUUCUCUCUGUUAUCCUGCCAAAGAAGUUUUGAGGGCAGUGCUUGAUGGAGUCCUAUAUAUUUUGAGGGGAAAAAAUAGAAAUUGAUGUGUGACACUAGACCUGGUUUUUAAACAUUAUAAGAACAUAAGGA